AUGCCUUCUGUGGAGGUCGAGCUGCCCAUAAUGGGUCAUUCAAUGCUCACUCAUCCUCACUGUUAUGGUCAUGGAGCUGUGCACUUCACUCAGACUUACAACCCUGACGGUGUAUCUCCCCUCUCUCCUUCAUCAGUCUAUUCACAACCACCAUCACGACCAAAACACUCUCAUGGGUCGUUGUCUUUCCUUUCUUCUGGUAUGAGCCGCUCUGAAUCUAGCGAACAAUUACCUGCUCCAUCCCGGCGGACUGUGGAAAAAUUUCCUGUUACUGUGUCGCCGUUUCGAUCUGUUCGCCAGAUGAAGGAGCCCUUUCAACUAAAACUUCCUCAUUCGCCGUCGUUUGAAAACAAUCUCGUUGUGUCAAGUUCGUUCUCGACCCGAGAACUGAAGGAAAACAAAUCACAGCCACGAAGUCUUCGGUCACCUAUCGGGCUUCCUCCGUUGCGUACCUGUAGAUCAGACCAAAAUCUGGUCGCGGGUGCCUUGGAGACAUUCGGACUGCUACCUAGUCCCACCUUGUCCGAACCUCGACUCACAUCGAAACUUAACACCGCACGGAGAGACUUUCUUGUCCAGAAGGAGAAGCCGCUUCCUGUUCCCAAGUGUUUGUGCUAUCUGCCGACCCAAAAGUGCGAAUUCUGUCUAGCAAAGGUAGAACGUGAAGUGAUAUCACCUGUUGAUACUAUAACUGCAACUUUUUGUCAGGCUGAAAUACCAGAGGAAGUUCCAACACAAACAUUGGCACCGAGCUUCUCUUCCCAAGAGAUGCGCAAUCCAACCUCCACGCCGCAAUUGCAACAGCUCAACGAGAUCAAAUCUCCUCCAAUCUCCUCGACAAAAAACCAUAAGCGGUCAAGAACAACCACAGUUUCGAGCGCAGCCAGCUGGGUUCCAGAGAACUUGACAUACUGUGAGGACUGGCUUCAGAAGGUUCCUUUAGAAACUCCAGAGCGGGAAGAUGGAAGGGGCCGGGAGGUCAACAGGCGCAAAUUUCAGAUAGUUCAACAGACCGAUGAUCCAUUUCCAAUAAGUCGACCAACUCAUCAGACUCGCAAACCUGCAGGCUUGAGCAUCGAUACGGAUGUGGCUAAUAACCCUGUGAUGCUUGCUGUAGCUAGCAAGACUAAACCGAAGCUCGUUGAUAUCUCACGGCCCUCAUCAUCCGGGACAACGUUCUCCAUCCCCAUGCAUCCACCACCCUCGUGGAGACGUCCAUCGACGCCGGAACAACGAAGUAUAAAUGAAAUAUCUGCUUUUAGUCCAGACACUCCUCAGGAUAUCCCAGAUAGUGGCUAUGUCACACAGCAAUCCAACCGAUCGUCAGAUGAGAGCCAUGAGUUUAGAGAUGAUGAGUAUGAUGCUGCAUUCGAGAUCGCGGCAAUUGAAUCCUCAUCAGAGCCACCAUGCAAUCUUUCUUUUAUGACAAGCAUCUUUACCGAUCAGAAACCAAAGCAUCGGUAUUAUAUGUCGUCCUACAACAGACACAAACCUUCAUCCAGUCACAAGAAGGAUGAACCUCCACGAACGCCACCUGCCAUGUCUCCCAAGACCGUUGAUCAAGAAACGUUGGUCAAGUUCUGGGAUUACGAAUGGACACUAGAUCAACUCGAAGAUUCCAUCAAGGCAUAUUCCAAAUACGCUCUCCGGCUCACAUCACCCGUCAUCAUCCUAAUUCGACAGAAUCACGAAAACACGAUCAUCCGACCAUUCAAGAAGAUUUUCCCCACAGCCCAGGAUAAUCUAAUCGACUCUCUCUGCGCAGCAUUGAUUGCGAGAAACUAUCUCGUGUCAAUGGCAUCGACACACCAUCAUCGCCUAAACAACACAUCCCCUUCUCAUACCAUCUCCCAAUUUAACACCACCAGCAGCAAUCUAUCUAAACUGGACAGCGUACCCGAAAAGGCAAGGGCAACACUCGGUCUCGCCUUUCCGACCAAUCCAUGCAAAUUGAACUUGAACAUCCCGAACCAAACGAUGGGAGCUCGAAGCUUGGAAAUCCAAAAGGGCCUUGACCGGAUUGUGGAUAAAUUGCUCUUCUCCAUCUGUGGUCGACAUGAUGAGACGCUUAAGGCGUCGGUGACGGUAUUGAUGCAGGUUCUUGAGUUGAAGGAAUCAAAGGCUUAA